UGUCGCUCAUUUAAGUUCCGUGCCAACAGUCUUUUCGUCUGCGAUCAGACAAUCAAUGACUGAUUGUGUGUCCCACACUUGCUUUAUUUUGUACGGACAUGUGUGAUCGACAUCCAUACACAUGCACUCAAUGACAGCUGCAUUCAAUGACAUGGGGAGGUCAUUUUGUCACUCUGCGUGCAUGUUUUGCUGGCCCCUUGGAAAAAUUCGCAAAUAAGUUCAUAACAUGACCGCUGGACAGCUGCUCUCAGCUUGCUGUGGUAGCACAUCUAAGUGGGCCUUGUCUCGGAACAGCUCACCAAUUUAGACUGCAAGCAAAACCUACAAAACCAGGUGAAGAUGCAUAGCCAUUUUAGUCACCUGGUUUUGGCAUGUCGAGUGACCAUGCAAUAAUGAAACCACGUCCACGUCCCACAACCGAUGUUUCAUCAGGGCCCUUUUCUUCAUGGCCGCCCCUUGGACCCAAUUGACAUGCACCAUCACCACGUCCUCUCGCUCCUGUCUCGUCAAGAAGUCAGAGGGAGGUGCACUUCGCAUCUUCAAAAACACCCGACCUGAUGGCAACAAGAGAUACUGCGCUGACAUGUACUUCGAAGGAACUUCAAACCUGAUGGGAAGAGCUUUCGUGAGAGACUGGCGAUAGACAUGCUGUUUCUGAGAUGUUUCACAGCUUCAUUCAGAUACGACUGAUUGUAAGUAAUGUUGCGUCUUGUCUCCUUGUGCAUCAGCUGCCCCCACUGAUCGAGGAGAGAAAGCGCUCCCUCUGUUGGCCGAAACAACAUGAGACAUGAACAGAAGCAGUUUGCGUCGAUCUGGAGGGCGACGUCGAAUCGCCUGGAUGGCAUAAAGUCAAGCGCGUUCCUGAGCCACACCAUGUCAACAUCGUUGUACAGGACCGUGUAGCCUCUUUGGACAAUCUCGCGGACGAAGAAUGGCCUCGUCAUGACAAGAGCCCCGAACGACUCCGUGUUGAAGCGUGUGGCAGCAACAGAGACACGCACCUCCUUCGGCGCGCGAACCACAUUUUCGGGGAAGCUUGUAGAUAGAAGAUCGAAGCACCUGUCGUCGAGGCAAAUGACCAAGAAGCUGUUUACGCCUUGCCUGUGGAGGCUCUUCGCCCAGUUGAUGGCGAAAUCGACCUGCAAAGCAGAGGAUCCAGGUGAAUGUCUAGACACUGAGACAAGUGUGAAUGGCUCACCAUGCCCCUGUUGACGGUCGUCAUGACGAUUGUGCCAUCAGAAUCAGCAACCGAAGCCAGCAGGUCAGAGGAAAGCCACCCAGUGGCGGCCGGCAUUGUCGUGCCGUUCCUGUCUCCCGCAAUUUCCCGUCCCUCUAGGUGACGCACUCUCGUCGAGCAAGAGUCAAGCGCAUCUGCGUGCCUGCACCACAUCCAGCAGUCGUUGCCCCCUUGUUUUCCCUUGCUCAUCACGACACCCCACAGCGGACCGAAGAGGCCCUCUGGGGGACAGUCCGGCUGCAUCACAGGGAUGACGUCAUGAAUGUCGGCUGGGUGACUGCACUGGAAGAGCCUCAAGAAGGCCGCAAGGGCCUCCGUCCUGUUGGUGGGCAGCUUGACGGCAGAAGAAGAGCCGAUCCUGUCAAAGCCGCUGGGCAGGAGGAAGGCAGCGUAGCCGUUGGGACGCAGGACCCUCUCAAUCUCUGUUUGAGUACUCACACACAUACAAACGCAAGCCUAGGGAUUCAAGGGCGGCUCACCGGCAGCGAAGCUGAAUGGACAGUGUGUGCGGUCGAAGACAUUGGCAAAAACGAAGUCGAAGGUGUGGUCUUCGAAGGGCAAGUUAUGCAUGUCGCCCCUGACCACCAGUGGAGGCCUCUCCACCAGAUCGACACCAAUGGCGUGCCGCACGCCGGCUUGGUACAAUGCGCGCACCUCUUCCCCUGUUGACGCGCCAAUGCUGAGGGCAUGCGAGUCGCGCGUGAGGUAGCCGGCAGACCAAUAGCGAUCAAACAAUCGCACAUGCAUGUACCUAUAACCAGACCAACUACAAGGGUCAACACCUCGAGACAAACAAGCGGCGUGCAUACCUGAUCCACUCGAGCAUAUCGACGGAGAGCUGUCCUGAAGCGUGCUGCCCACCUAAAAUACUGCUUCUCACGUCGGCGCCCUCCUCCUGUGUGGCGACGUAUUCGUCUUGCGCGCUCCCAUUCACGGACGCAUUGAGGUGGCUGCUGAGGGCAGACUGACACAUUUCCGUUGUCUUUCGGGCUGCCUCCCGGCCGAUGCUCUCUCGUUGGCUAAUGGAAUCCAUGAUAAAGCAGCUAUCAUUGGCGACACUGGGACGCAGGAGACGCUGGGCAUCAAAAGAGGGCGUCUCUUGUGGACUCGUAUAUCGCUUGUCCGCCCUCCAGAUGUGUAAGCACUCGUCGGCCGCACCGUCGAGGUCGUGUAAAACUGACAUAUUCCUGAGGAGAGGCAAGCCAUUUCCGAUGAUAUAUCUGCCUAGAUCCCCAGCUCACCUUUGGGUAUGGUCAGUAUGGAGAAUAUCGAGGAGGUCCAGCACGGGCCACUCUGAGACAAACAAGGCAUGCCAGCCGGUCAGCCAAAUACAGUUUUAACUUACUGGUGCUCAGUAAGGUCCGCAGAGGGAUCUGCCUGAUGAUGUCUCUCAACGCAUCUACGAGAGUGAUUUUUCGGUCGACAUUUUGAACCAUGGCUGCCGAGAUGAGGGCCAGCGGGCACUUGUCAAAAUAGCGAGGGGCGUCUACGGGAGAGAAAGAGACACUCUGCCUUUCAGCAAUCAGAUCCUCUGUGGGCCUCCGUGUACCUUUGGUGACCUCCCGGCCGAGUCGAGCCACCUCAUUUGCAUGCUCUCGCAGAAGGGCCGCUGGCGGCUGGCCACCACUCAUUUGCUCUUGCCAUGUGCUUACAAGUGCUAUGAGAGAGCUGUAAAAUGUGCGAAGUGCUGAGGACUUGUGAAAGAGAGGACAGUCGUUCGAGUCAAUAUCAGGGAGGCCCUCUUUCAACAGAGCAAGCAUCCUAAACAAGAGACAGAACAGAUCAGGGAAGGCAUCGGUCCUCUGCGCUAACCUGACGAUUGGCCAUGUUGUGUUGAGUAUGUGGGAAGCGAGACCCAAUUGGUCGUACAUCUCGUCGAGCUCAGCCAGGGCGUGUGACAUGUACUGCUCGAGGGACGCGAUGACAGCGUCAU